ACUGACAGUUAGGUGAAUAACGUAAUCUAAUUAAUUUUCAGCGUAAAACUUUCGUGUUAUCAAUAAAACCAUGAAAAUUACUAUAUCUAUUCACCAUUCGUAAUAACUACAACCACAAAAAUGUGGCAUUUACUACACGCAAGUUCUUGUAACAUUAUACGACAAAGGUUACUUACGUUUAAAAGUAGUGGUUACUAUGUAAAUUUGGUGAAAAACAAGCCGUCUCAAGCAGUGAAACAGUAUGUAUUAAAUGUGAAAAAUUCCGCUGAAAAAGAUGUUUCAAAAGGAUUAUUAUUACUCUGUAGCCCAUGGAAGCUGUGCUCAGGCAUCAGUUUAGGGUUAGCUGCUCGUUUGUUAUAUAAUAAUUCGGUAUAUUGUAAAGCCCUGCCCUCUAGGGUUAUACAGCGUAGACCAAACAUAAAUGAGGAUAGUGCAAAGUUUGAUUGGAAGCGGUUUUGGGAGUAUCUCCUACCGCAUAAAUGGCUUUUGGCUGCUGCAGUUGCUUCAGCCCUAGCAGUGGCAUUCCUGAAUGUCUACAUUCCAGCGAUGUUGGGUGUCAUAGUGAAUAUUCUAGCUGGUAUGAGGAACAAUCCCAAUGCCGAUUUUAUUGAAGAGAUAAAGUUGCCUGCUCUCAAGAUGAUUUCACUGUACAUAGGACAGGCAAUCUUCACAUUCUUCUACAUCCAUCUGCUAGCCCAAGUGGGGGAACGAGUUGCAGCACAAAUGAAGCAGGACCUGUUUGUGUCAAUACUGCAACAGGAUAUGGCGUUCUUUGACCAGGAGAGAACUGGGGAACUUGUAAAUAGGAUAACUGUUGAUGUACAAGACUUUAAAAGUUCUUUCAAGCAAACUAUAUCAGGUGGUUUACGAGCAAUUACACAGGUAGUGGGUUCAGCAGUGAGUCUGUUGGUCAUAUCACCACAUCUAACCAGCUUGACACUUGUAUGUGUACCGUCCGUGGUUAUUGGAGGAACGUUCAUCGGCUCGCUGUUGAGGAAGCUUUCCAGGGAAGCGCAGGCUCAGAUAGAAAAAGCCACGCUAGUCGCUGAAGAAGCGAUAGCAAACGUUAGAACGGUGCGGGCGUUCGCGGGUGAAGAGAACGAAGCUAGAAUGUUUGCUGAAGAAUGUAAUGCCGCUGCGGAUCUUAGUAUGGAGCUUGGGUUAGGAGUUGGGAUGUUCCAAGCAGGAACAAAUUUGUUUUUGAAUGGUAUGGUGCUAGCGACAAUGUUCCUUGGUGGUCACCUGAUGUCAACGGGUCAAAUGACAGCCGGUGACGUCAUGGCGUUUCUCGUAAACGCACAGACGGUUCAGCGAUCGGUCGCGCAACUGUCGCUGUUGUUCGGCUCUGUUGUUAAAGGAAUUAGUGCUGGAGGACGAGUUUUUGAGUACAUCAACAAAGAACCAAAGAUGGACACUUCUGGCACUAGAAUAAUCAAAUACCACGAGUUCCAUGGAGACAUAGAAUUCAAGGACGUCACCUUCGCGUACCCGACGCGGCCUGAAGCGAUAGUGCUAAAGAAUUUCAACUUGAAGAUCCCAGCGGGCAAAACUGUUGCCAUUGUUGGAACGUCUGGCAACGGAAAGUCCACGAUUGCUGCUUUAUUAGAAAGAUUCUACGAUGUAAACGGUGGGUCAGUGACGAUAGACGGUAUAGAUUUGCGUGAGUUUGAUUGCCGUUGGUUAAGGGGCCGGGCGUUGGGCCUUAUCAGUCAAGAGCCGGUGUUAUUCGCUACUAAUGUCAAAGAAAAUAUACGAUACGGCCGACCGGAGGCCAGCGAUGCUGAGGUAUACCAAGCAGCUAAAACAGCAAAUGCAGAUGAUUUCAUUCGGGGUUUCCCCGAAGGCUACAAUACGAUGGUCGGAGAAAGGGGCAUGUCUCUGAGCGGCGGACAGAAACAACGCAUCGCCAUCGCUCGAGCUGUGUUGAAGAACCCUCCCGUUAUGAUACUGGAUGAAGCCACAAGUGCCUUAGACUCAGCCAGCGAGAAAGUAGUCCAAACAGCAUUGGAAACGGCGUCAAAAGGCCGCACGGUGCUGGUCAUAGCGCACCGAUUGUCUACCGUCAUGAACGCGGACCUCAUAGUCGUCCUGAGCAAGGGGAAGAUUGUCGAGAUGGGUACACACGAUCAGCUGAAAAAACUAAAGGGUCAUUACUGGAACCUCAUAAAGCAACAGGACCAAGACGCCGAGGACUCCUCUAGGUCGUUAUGAAGAUAGUUGUGUGUGCUAGCCAAAGUUAUUAGUUCAAUUCCUUAAGUGCAAUUAGAUACAUAUUUAAGGCCGAUUCACACCAAUUGCGUAUGCAGCACGUACACGUGACACGUGUGUAGUGACGCGCGUAAACCGGUAGACGUAACUGCACGCAUUACGUCUACGAGAACGUU